AUGGAUCCAUCCGCCGAAGAAAUCGCUGAAAUUCUAGGCGAUGCCUAUUUUCCGACUUAUUCAAAGUCCAUCCAGAAGAAAUUGUAUAAUUUCAUAGAUCAACUCGCCUUUUUUGAUCAACUUUAUUAUGCGAAAAUUGAAUUCGUUUUGUGCGUUUCGGCGAUUUUUAUGAAUCUGUUUCAUGGUUUUAUUUUAUCCCAGAAAUCGAUGAGAAAAACUUCUUCAACAAAUGUGAUUUUGUUGGGAAUGGCUUUGGUGGAUGUUUUAACUAUGGGUUUGAGGACUUAUGCUAACUAUCAACUUUUGUUUCACUAUCAGGAGUUGACGGAUGUUUGGUGAGUGAAAUCAGGUGUAAUAUGAGCUUGUUUUGAGAAGUUAGAGACGCAGAGGAAUAUUGCUCAUGUUACACGACCGUCAGACGCGAGACGACGAGAGUACUUAUUUUGCAAAAAUAUCUCGAAAAUGAAUUUCGCUUCGAGAUAUUUUCAAUAAAACAUGUUGUGUUCCUUGAAACAAAAUACGGUAUUUUUUCAAAGGGACACAUAUUUUCUCAAAAAUAUCUCGAAGCGAUCUGUCUCACGAUGACGUCAUCAGACUCUCGUCGUCUCUCGUCUGACCCGAGGGACAAGAACAAUGUUGCUCUGUUUUGAGAAGUUAGAGACGCAGAGAAACAUUGCUCAUGUUAGUCUAAAUUUUGUGGGGCUUCGGGGAAAAUUGCAAAUUGCUAUUUAGUAGAGAAGGAUGUUAGAGAGGUAGAUUGCUCAUGUUAGUUUGAAAUUUGUUUAUGCGCAUCGGAAGCUUCCGUUUAAUAUGAGCAAUAUUCCAAAAAAUGUUAGAGACGCAGAGAAAUAUUGCUCAUAUUAGACUGCAUUUUGGAUGGAAAAUUGUGCGCCAAGAAUCAAGUUUGAUCUCCAAAUUUUCAGCUUGGAACCUCCAUCCUACUUGCAAUUCCAACUUUCCCAAUUAUCCUUCAAAUUUCUCGAAUUUUCCCGUCGUUUUUCCACAUAUCUCUCGCUGUCUCUCGUCUCAAUCCGAGCAUUUGCAAUAUCACAAUCACUCAACCCAAAAUUCCAUUUUCUCACGCAUCCCCAAACCGGCUACACUUCAAUUCUCAUCAAUUCAAUCAUCUGUGCCCUUCUCACAAUUCCCUCAUUUUUCACCUACCAAAUCAAUUCUUCUCCAUGGUUUCCGUCAGAAGAUUGUGCAUAUCCGGAAAACUACACAAAACCCAAUUUUUUCCACGAUUCUCAACCUCUCAUCAUUUUUAACAGUUUUUCGGUGGACACAAUGUUGGAUGCGGUUUUAGCCAAAUAUUUUCCAGUUUUUCUAUUCAUUUUGAUGACAAUUUUGUUGAUUAGCGCAAUUCGGAAAGGCUCAAAAGAUCAGCAAAAAUCGGAUAAAACAUCGAAACUCGUGCUAUUCACAACGAUUUCUGUGGGUUUUGCUGAAAUUCCAGUGGGGAUUUUGUAUGUUUUUCGGAGUAUUAAUGAGCAAACUAUUGGAUGGGUGUAAGUUCUAAUAUGAGCAAUGCGAAACAUUGCUCAUGUUAUCCUUUUUCAGAAUAAUCAGCGAGAGUUUUGUCAAGUUCUGCUUUUUGAUCUACGUCUUCAACACGGCCUGUCAUUUUUUGAUCUGCUAUAAAUUAUCAACUCAAUAUCGAGACAUUGUGAAGAGUUUUGUGAAAAUCGAGAAAAAAUUAAAAGCUCGUAUUAUUAUUUCGGUGAAAAGUGCAACUAUUACGAAUGGUUAG